AUGGAACUGGCUAAACCACUAUUGUUGUACAUAUCUGACACCUCAGUUCAAAAUGAAUCACCAACCUUUCAAUCAUUCUUGUCGUCGGUGAAAAUUGUUCCCUUGAACAAAGAGUCCAGACACCGUAUAUCAGCCAAGUUAAGAUUCCGAAAUGACUUUAAAAAAUAUGUCAAACUGUUGGUGGCUGAUUUGUUAAAGAAUCAGUCGGAUAAUGUUUUGGUUUCUGGUUUGCCAAAGAUAAAGAGAAGCAAUUACCUUUCUGCUACGAACAACUCGGUCUACUCAUCUUUUGUAAUAAAUGAGUUGCAUUCAUACAAUUGGAAAAGACUUUUUGAGAUAUUGGGGUCAAUGCGCAUGACUGACUUAUUGACCAACUGGAAAGGCUUUGUUUCAAAAGAGGGUAGCUUAAUUCAAAUCUUUGGAGAUAGAAUCACGUAUGCUGGGAAGAAACAGACCGCCGGUCCUUCAAAAUUGAUCAAAAAGUCCUCCAUAUUUCACCACCUACAAUCCAAACCAAGAUAUUGGGACUUUUCAUUAAUUAAUCUAGAAGCUGAUGAACUUGUUCAAGAAAUCUUUGGAAAAAAUACAAAAGCUAAACGGUUUAGGAAAAUAAAGUACUUGGUAAAUACAAUUAUCAAGAAGGAUCGUGCCUGUAAAUACCACUUAAUUUACCAAAAGCUACUACUACUGGAAAAACGUAUCGAUCCAUAUAGGACUUGCAGCAAUGCAAGCCCUUUUCCUGAGGUUGUUCAAUAUGUGUUUGUCAUUUUGGGUAAGUUACUAUCCUUGGAAGCGUGGGGAGGUUCGGCAAACAAAGCCAUCCUACGAAAGCGAGUAGAAGAGUAUUUGAAGCUCGACUCAAAAGGAACUUUGCAUAUACAUGAUAUUGUAAAGUGGCUCCGAUUAAGUGACUAUCAGUGGCUUGGGACAACAUUCCAGGUGAGCUCGAAGCAAGAUUUUGAAAUUCGGCAAAGAUUGCUUCAAGAUUACAUUCAAUGGUUAUUUGGGACUGUUCUUAAGAAAAUUAUCCGUGCUUUUUGGUAUGUUACUGAGUCCACUGAGGGCGAGAUUUUGUAUUUCCCUCGUCAUAUCUGGCACAAAAUUUCGCUUUUGUGGUUGGAGUCGUAUUCGAGAGACAACUUUGUCAGGUCGGCUUUAAUUGGAAAUGAACAUUACAACUAUGGAACACUUAAACUAAUCCCAAAGCGAGAUACAUUCCGAUUGAUUUGCAUUCCAUCAAAGAGAUUGCCUAGCCUUUUAGAAUCUAAGCUAACACCAGAGCUGCAGAAAGACCAAGAUGCCAAAUUCUACACCUUUCGAGCCAAUGUAUUACGGCCAGUUAGACUUAUUUUGCAAAACAAAUACAAUGAGCGAGCUCAGAAGGAUCUGUGUUACUCCACUACUGCAUCUUCCUCCCAGCAAAUCGCCGAUAGACUUCUUGCAUUUAAGUCCCAGUUAUUGCAAAAAUUUUCGACUGUGCCACAGCUAUAUUUCAUCAAAUUUGAUAUGAAGGAAUGCUAUGACAGAAUGAACCAGAAAAAGUUGAUUGAAAAAGUCAUUAGCUUAUUCCGGGACGACAAGCCAGAGACAAGGUACUACUAUAGGAGUGUUGGAAAGAUGAGGCGAAACUUAAUGCAGCAAACCAUGAAACAUUUUGCCACUCCUGACUUAACUGAUCUAAACCUACUUUCUAAUGAUCUAGCUCGAGGCGAAAAAUCAGUCUGGGUAGAUACAGGAAAGACUAUAUAUUUGACCCGGAAACAGGUUAUAAGCGAAUGCAUUCAACAGAUUUUUGGGGCAAAGGGCUACAUUGAAGACCCCAAGACCCAUUCGCUAAAAUUUUUCAGAAGGAAACAAGGCGUAUUCCAGGGGUUUUCUUUACUGAGUAUUUUUUGUGAUAUACUAUACAGUGCAAUGGUUGCUGAGAAUUUCAGGUUUUUGUGGGAGUCUGAUUCUCCAUUCUUGUUUGCAAGGUUGGUGGAUGACUUUUUAAUCAUAACUCCUGACGUUGACCAGUAUAACAAGGUGUUGAAGGUUAUUUCCGACGGCCGGUUACAGAAGUAUGGAGCUUACGUAAACGAUGAAAAGACGCAAAUAAUUGACCAUACCAAGACGAGCAAAACAUUACAGUUUGUCGGAUUGGAGAUUGAGGUUGAUACAUUAAAUUUGAGUACCAACUACUCGAAGUUUGGCACCUUGUCAACCAGUAAUUACAGGACAUUUAGCAGCUUACUAUGCUUUCUAAAGACGGCGUAUACGUCAAGGUUACAUGAAUACAUGCUAAUUUGUGCCAGUAAUUCUUUCCAGAACACCCUCAAGAAUGUCCUGGACUUGCUACAGUUUAUAAUGGCCCAGUUCAAAUGCAAAUUUCAAAAAUUAUCAACUACUGAUACAUUUAAUCCGGGGCAAUUCAACAAAUUUCUAUUGAGCAUUAUUUCCCUCACGUUAGAUAAGUUUGGAAAAUGUAACAAGAGUUGUGAUUUGGUAGACGACUUUCUUGACAGUAUGUUGACCACUCUUGCGGAUGCUUUAGCACACGGUCCGCAAUACAAAGAGGUCAUUAAAUACUUGAUGGAGUCAAGUUUAGAAGAUGUCGGCCCUGAAGUUCCCGGCCCCGUUGAUCUUCAGGUUUGA